UAUCAUUGGUCUUCCUUUUUUAAUUUUCAACGUCAUCUUAAACGAUUUUAAACAAAAUUCGCUUCAUGAUCGACUGAUUGAUCAACAAAUUCACAAAAUUAAACUAAGUUGUAUAUUUAACAAUUAAACAACAAAUCUUUCACGAAAUCUAAAAAGAAAAAAUAAUAAAACUAACAGAGCUAACAAUAACCCCAAAAUGUCUCCCAUCAAGAAACAUCGUAACACGUCAAAUCAUCAAGAAAUGAAACAUCGUCGUCGCAAACCUAAUAUUCCCGAGUUAGUCUACAAGUUCCUUAUUGCGAAUGAAGCUUUUGAUGGUAAUGAAUGUUGUCUUGUAAACAAGUGCCGUUGUUGCGAUCAAGGGAAACAUCAUGAAGUCAUAGACCCUAUUUCAACCAUCGGCGAAAGCACGGGCUGCAGAAUAAGGCAAAGAUGGCGCAAAGACAUUGGCAGGAUUUCGAAAUUGCACAAUGUCAAUCAGUGUCCUAUCUCCAAAAAUCAGCCAAUUUCAUAUUUACAAAAAUGCAUGGAUAGAAAACAUACGAAAGAGGCAAAAAAGUAUAUAAAAAAGGCGUUAACCUUUGGUGUCGAGUCCGGAUACCUUAUCCCUUCUGAUCCCACUUACAGAAUUCUACACGUGUCCUCAGACUUAAUGAAAAGCGAUUUGCGAAGAAACAAGAUCAGCAAUUGCGAUAUGAUUAUCUCUAAGAAUCGUGAUAUUCUAACGAGGAUGCAAAACGAAGAUUUCCAAAAGCAAAAGAGGACACAAAGAAGGCAAGGAAGAUAUAGACGAGAUCAAAGAUUAAGAAGCGUUUCGAGGACACGCCAUAAAAGCAGAAGAAAGAAGAGAAGGAACUCUUGUAGAAAGAUGUAGAUACAACAGCCGGUAGAAUACCGAAGAGGUUACUGGUAAUGAUGAGGCAGACAAUUACGAGAUGAAUGAGAACGAUUCAAAGAGCAAUAUUCACACGGAUGUAAAAAUGAAAUCAAAGACCAUUCGAUCGAAUCCACUAACGAGGAACAAUCCACGAAGAAAAUUGAAGGAGAUGAAUCGGAUUUAUCGAUCGACGAUUUAUGAACCUAAUCAUGAAAUUGAGAAAAAACAUUUUGAUAUUAUUAAAUCGUCAAUCAAUUUCUCAAAGUUGAACAGAAUUGCAAUUUAGUAAAAGAAUUAGAAAAUAGUAUCGGAAUUUCAGAAAUUAAAAUCAAAAUUCAGAGAUGAAGAAGAAGUAAUGUGCAAAUAAAAUGCAAUUUAUUCAAUAUUUUUUCUUAAUAGGGAUAUAAAC